GGCCGUGAGUCUGCCAGAAUUACGGAGGGGCUGGUGUGUCUUUGAGGUGUGCUGGAAUGGCAUCAGGACUUAGAAAGGGGAAUACUGUGUGAAUUCCACAUUUGGACUACUCAGAGUAUCGAGUCCCUGCCACAGUAUUUUCCAAAGUGCUUUUGAAUGUUUCCUUCUGACACCCUCCGUGUGUGAAAGGUUACGUAGCAUUAUCCUCCUUGCCCUGAGGAGGACACUGAAACGAUGAGAGGUUAACUGACUUGCCCUGGGCUGCAGAGUAAGGCUGACUCCACUGGAAAGGCUGCUGCCCGUAACUCCUGCUUUCCACGCCGAAGCGUCACAGAGCCAGGGCUGCCUCUGGAAAGCCCUGUCAACAGAGGCAGGGAUCCGUGGUCACCUCCCUUGUCCUGGUCUUCCUGGAUGGAACGAGAAGAUAAACGGGGCAUGUGUGAAGCCCAGGACUCAGAAGACAAGGGGAUGGACUCUGAUUUUGAGAACUCUGAAGACAGGGAAGGGGACCCAGAAGACAGAGGAAUGGGCUCUAACCCACAUGAUGCAGACAAGAGAGAAUGCCACCUGGAGCAGGAGAUGGGCUCCAACCCACAGGAUGAAGCUCUAAGAGGGGACUCAGAGGAGAGGGAACUAGUGUCUAACAUCUGCACAGAGGGGCUGCUGAGCGAGGAAGAAGGGGUUGCUCUCCGUGAGGAAGACGAUGACCAAGCUGGAGUAGCUGAGAUGGCGAUGUUCGCAGGGCUGUCUGAGUCCGUCGGCAUUUCCCGGAGCCCCCAAGAAGAGGGGGAAGAGGAGCAGCCGCCUCCUGCCGUGCUUCCCUGGAGGCGGCACCUCUCCCUGGGGAGUCGACACCGGGGUGACAAGCCCGCCCACCGCCGAUUCCGCCGGCUCCACCACCCCAUGGCCAUGGACCUCGGGGAGCUCGACAGCCUGAUGGCCAGCAUCAUGGACGCGCCCACCAUCUGCCCCGACUGCGGGGAGAGCUUCAGCCCGGGCGCCGCCUUCCUGCAGCACCAGCGCAUUCACCGCCUGGCGGAGGCCGCCGCGGCCGCCAGCCUGGAGCCCUUCGGCUUCGCUGGCGAGUGCGGCGGGGUGGUGGGGAUGAUGGGCGUGGGCGUGGCGGGGGCCUUCGGGGCGGGGCCCGCGCUGGCCCGGCCCCCGCGCGAGAAGCCGUUCCGCUGCGGAGAGUGCGGCAAGGGCUUCAGCCGCAACACCUACCUGACCAACCACCUGCGGCUGCACACGGGCGAGCGUCCCAACCUGUGCGCCGACUGCGGCAAGAGCUUCAGCUGGCGCGCCGACCUGCUCAAGCACCGGCGCCUGCACACGGGCGAGAAGCCCUACCCGUGCCCCGAGUGCGGCGAGGCCUUCAGCCUCAGCUCGCACCUGCUGAGCCACCGGCGGGCGCACGCGGCGGCCAGCGGCGCGGGGCCGGCGGCGCUGCGGCCCUUCGCCUGCGGGGAGUGCGGCAAGGGCUUCGUGCGCCGUUCGCACCUGGCCAACCACCAGCGCAUCCACACGGGCGAGAAGCCGCACGGCUGCGGCGAGUGCGGCAAGCGCUUCAGCUGGCGCUCGGACCUGGUGAAGCACCAGCGCGUGCAUACGGGCGAGAAGCCCUACAUGUGCUCCGAGUGCGGGGAAACCUUCAGCGUCAGCUCUCACCUCUUCACGCACAAGCGCACGCACUCGGGUGAGCGGCCGUAUGUGUGUCGCGAAUGCGGCAAGGGCUUCGGGCGCAACUCGCACCUGGUGAACCACCUGCGCGUGCACACGGGCGAGAAGCCCUUCCGUUGCGGCCAGUGCGAGAAGCGUUUCAGCGACUUCUCCACGCUCACGCAGCACCAGCGCACGCACACGGGCGAGAAGCCGUACACGUGCAUCGAGUGCGGCAAGAGCUUCAUCCAGAGCUCGCACCUGAUCCGCCACCGCCGCAUCCACACGGGCAACAAGCCGCACAAGUGCGCCGGCUGUGGCAAGGGCUUCCGCUACAAGACGCACCUCGCGCAGCACCAGAAGCUGCACCUGUGCUAGGGCUACGCCGACGGAGGCUGCGCACUGGGGGGC